CCCUGCUUCAGCUAGCCCCUCCCCCGCUAAAGCUCUGCAAGUUGUAAAGAUGGCUCUUCUUGCACAUAUUCCCAAAACUUACUCCAAGCUGGUCGCUGUCUCACUCACUACAAACUUCAAGGAGGCAGUCAGAGUACAGAAAUUCGAGACACCCUCACCUAAAUCUGGAGAGCUUCUCGUCAAAGCCAGAUAUGCUGGUAUCAAUGCUUCAGAUGUCAACCUUACUGCUGGUCGAUACACUCCAGGGAUCCAGCCCCCCUUUGACACAGGUAUGGAGGGAAUUGGAGAGGUGGUUCAGGUGGGAGCAGACUGCAGCGAUUACAAACCAGGAGACUCGGUAGGGUACAUGACGGCAGGAGCAUUCGGUGAAUAUCUGAUACUCCCCUCAAAGUUUGCUAUUCCCCUUCCAAAGAUUGACCCUGGUUUUGUCCCCCUAAUGGUGAGUGGGCUAACGGCUUCGAUCAGUUUAGACACCUUUGGUGAGCUCAAGUCAGGAGAGAACGUGCUUGUUACAGCAGCUGCCGGAGGAACAGGACAGUUUGCAGUUCAGCUAGCAAAGAUUGCGGGAUGCCAUGUGAUUGGUACUUGCUCAUUGGACGAGAAGGUGGAAUUUCUGAAGAGUAUUGGAUGUGAUAGACCAAUCAACUACAAAAAGGAAGAUCUAAAAGCUGUACUCAAGAAGGAAUACCCAAAAGGCGUUGACGUCGUUUACGAGAGCAUUGGUGGAGACAUGUUCGAUACAUGUUUGAAGAACUUGUCGACUUUUGGUCGUCUGAUUAUUAUCGGUUUUAUAUCGAGUUACAAGGGAAACUCAUUUGCACCGCCCAUCAAAGCACCUCUACAGUCUAUUCUACUGUCCAAAUCUGCAUGUGUGCGUGGAUUUUUUCUCUUCAACCAUAUCAAGGAAGUUCCAAUGCAUUUUGCGAAGCUGGCCCAGCUGUACAUGACGGGUAAGCUGAUCUCGACCAUUGACUUGGGAAAGGGUCACUCCAGUGGACCCUUCAGAGGAAUGCAGGGGAUCUUGGACGGAGUGGACUAUCUCUACUCUAGCAAGAAUGCUGGAAAAGUUGUGGUGGAGGUCAACGGACAAGAUGGUGACAGCAAACUAUGAGUUUUGUAUACGCUGUAUAAUUAUAGUGAUGUGUAGCAAAUAGUGCACCUGAUUUUAGUUUUGUGUGUGGGAUAAUUAUGUAUUGAUUGUCAAUGGUUUUAACAAUAA